AUGGAGAAGGUAAUACCAGUUGUUCGUGCGUCGUUCAACCAGUCAGCGGGAUCGUCGCAGGAUGUGAAGGGGCGCUUCUAUCGACACUUUCAAGAAGAAGCGACAGAUCUUCAACAGCGAAUAGGCCAGCUCGGAAAUCUCUCCUUAGUUGGAGGGGAAAGGCAAGAUGCCACAGACCACUGCAUUGCCAGUAUUACAAGGCUAUCUAACGAAGUUGCCGAUGCUACCGAUAACCUUCCAGCAUAUGAUCAGAGAACUUACUCUCAGGCAAGCAUAUCCUUGAAGGCUCUCUCGGAGAAUCUUCAAGAGGUAAAAUCCAAGGCCGCACCAAGAACCAAAUUUCGGUUCACAACUACGAGCAAGAACAGUUCCGCGGUUUCUAUCAACGAUGCCGCUCAGCUAGCCCAGGAAAGUCUCGGUGCUGCUAGUUUGAAGCCGUCCUUUCUAUCUUCUACGGAAUCAUCGAUAGCUACAACGCCAGCCAAUCUGAUGACACCUCCCGGUGAAGACAGUGCCAGAGAUACUGUUGGAGAUCUGCCUUCUUUCCCAAAGAAUUACAAUGCCGAGAUGGCCAAUGCCCCUGGCCCAAUUCGAAAGCCAAGUUUCUCACAAGCAAGCACUAUCAACAUCACAGGUCAUACCGGUCUUCAUAUUAUCCUACCUUCCUCGGCAUCCCGUGCAACUUCGUCAGGGGCUAUAACGAAACUUGAUAGAUGUAUCGUUGAUAUGUCAGUACCGACCGCCAAUGGGGCCCCUUUUGCUGGGCUUACCCUGAAGAACAUCAAGCAUUCUUUGGUGAUAGCUGGACACGUUGCAGGAGCAGCACAUAUUACCGGUAUUGAGGAUAGCAUAGUUGUCGUCGCGUCAAGACAAGUCAGAAUACAUGAGUGUAAGAAUGUCGAUAUAUACCUCCAUUGUGCUAGCCGGCCCAUCAUCGAGGACUGUAGCAAUGUCAGGUUCGCACCUAUUCCAGACUCACAGGAUGUUACAGAUGGAUUCGUUAAGAACCAAUGGGAUCAGGUUGAUGACUUCAAGUGGAUCAAGGCAGAGCAUAGUCCAAAUUGGAGUAUCUUACCCGAAGAGAAGAGACUGAAAGAGGAAAUUUGGACGAACGUUAUACCAGGAGGACCUGGGGUUGGACUGGAUGAUAUCUUGAAGAAGAUUGGGCUUACUGGACAAUGA